AUGUCGAACAAGCAGCUGCGCAAGCUACGAGAACUUCGGGCCGCCAAGGAGGGCCAAUCCCCGGCUGACGCGGCCAAAGACGAUGCCCCGCUCUCUGAGUCCGGCAGCGGGCAGGCGAGAGCUUCAGGCUUCGAUGCAUUUGCAGACAGCUCGAGCUCACCAAGCUCACCAAGAGAGAUGCCUCAGGCAAAGGCGGGGAAAGCAACGAGCAAGAAGGCGCGUCGGAAGCAUCCUGCUAAAGCUGCCGAGAUUGUGGAAGACGAGCUCGCCCUCUUAGAUGCUGACGCAGACGCGAGGCGCGAGAGCGAUGUCGCGGAACCUGACGCUGAGUGCACGGGCCUCGCCAUGCGCCGGGCAGACUUUGAUUGUGAAACGGAGCGGCGUCGGCUCUUUGGCAACAUGAAGGAUGCGAAGGAUGCGAAGGAUGCAAAGGACAGCCGCCGCAACCGGCGCCGCGGCCCUGAGGGCAGGACGCUGCACCACCGGCGGCUUUUCCUGGUGUUGCCCGGAGAGCCGUGGCCCAAGCCGGAGGACUCUGUGCGGAUGGUCUCGCAGCUGGACGCAGACGGGGCCGUCUUCGACUUCGAGGAGACGGAGGCAUCGCUGCGCAGCCUGGGGCGGCUGAAGUCCGUGCUGGCAGCCGAGGACCCCGAGCUGCUGCGGCGCUAUUUGCAGCGCUGCCCCUUCUCCUUGGAUGGGCUCCUCGUGCUGGCGGAGCACCAGCGCCAGCAGGGAGCCCACGAACAGGCAGCGGAGCUCGUGAGGCGCGCGGUCUACACCGUGGAGUGCGCCUUCGCCCUGGAGUUCUGCCCAUUCCAAGGCAUGGGGUCCCAGGCCAGGCCCCGAGUGCGCCUGCGCAUGCCUUCCUGGACGCCUUCGCAGACCGUCAGUACCUGGGCAGGCUGGAGCUGGCUCAGAGCGUUGUGGCUGCACAUGCACUGCCUCGCUGGGCAAGGCAUGCACAGGACUGCCCUCGAGGUCUGCAAGCUUCUGCUGGCUGCCAUGUUGCCCCGGGAUCCGCUCCAUGUGCUGCUUUGGGCAGACCACCUGUGCCUUAGAAGUCGGCAGUUCCAGACACUCCUUCUGCUGAGCAGCUCAUUGGCUGGAGACUGUGGUAUGAUUCCCUGUGCUUUGGAUCUGGCCUUCCCCAACUUCGCAUUCUCAGUGGCACUUGUCGGGCUGGCAGAGCUUGGGGCUCCGGACGUGACCCACCUCACUCUUCAAGAGAUCUUGGGCGAGUCGGAUUCGCCUCCAGCACGGCUCAUGCGCGCUCUGCUGUAUUUCCCAGGCUGUGUGCGCCCUCUGCUGGAAGAGGCCGUGGGGUCGUUUGGGCCCAGCUGGGCCGCUCUCCUUGCGCGGCAGCCCUUUGUGAACGCCCUGGACUACCGCCACCAGAAGCACGCUGCAGCCCAUGGGCGCCUUGGUGCAGCCUACGCCAAGCUCUGCGGGCCGCUCUGGAAGCCGCACGUGAACUGGCUCCAUGCUUGUGCUGCAAGGUGGGUCAAGCUCCAUGAGAGCGAGGUUUUUGCCAGAGACAUUGCAGAUGCGCGGGCACGCUGGGCCAAGAGCGCCUUCUGGGAUCCCACCUUGGAGGAUUAUCAAGACCUCCUGGAGCCUUCUUCAGUGCCGCGCGUCCUGGAGAGCACCCUCAGUGCCAGGCUGCACCCACCGAAUGCUGGCAUUCAUGGCAUUCAUGGCAUUCACGGGAUGCAAGCGCACGCGCAAUCCGCAGACAUACCGAACAUGUCAAUUUUUACUCCCCCAGCGAUCCUGUUUUUCCAGUCUUUGCUGCCGUGGAGUUCUUUGGAUCAAAGCGGUGCCACUGCUGAGCCCUUGUUUUGGGGAGACAUCGCUGGCACCCUGGCUGGAUUUGUCAAGGAUGCUGGACAGCUUGUGCGGAGAGCUGCCGCUGGGCUGUGGAAGGUUUCUUCCACGAUUCGAUAA